CUGGCCGCGGAGUCGGCCGAAGCUCUCGGCAGCGGCUGAGCCAGCUGAGGGGGGAAAUGGCUCGGACCGUGGCGGCGGCUGCAGCGGCUCCGGUUGUGGUGGAGGUGGAGGCUCAGGCGGCGUGAGGUCUUACUAUUUUGGAAACUACAAGAAAAAACAUAGGAUUGGGGAAAGUUUAGUCUUUUUAGCGGACAUGGCUCAGAUAUCCAGCAACAAUGGAUUUAAGCAAUGUUCAUCUUCACCUCUGGAACCGAUAAGAACAAAAGAUGUAGACAAAGAAGAAGCAUUACAGAUGGAAGCAGAGGCUUUAGCAAAAUUGCAGAAGGACAGACAAGUGGCUGAUAAUCAGAGAUGCUUUGAGUUGUCAAGCAGCACCCGGCAAAAAGCACAAGUUUACAACAAACAAGAUUACGAUCUCAUGGUGUUUCCCGAAUCAGAUUCCCAAAAAAGAGCAGUAGACAUUGAUGUAGAAAAGCUCACUCAAGCCGAACUUGAGAAACUAUUGCUGGAUGACAGUUUCGAGACUAAAAAAACACCUGUAUUGCCAGUUACUCCUGUUCUGAGCCCUUCAUUUUCAGCACAGCUCUAUGUUGGACCUACUAUUCAAAGAGGACAGUGGCCACCUGGAUUAUCUGGGCCUUCCACCUACACUUUACCUACUAUUUAUCCUUCAACUUAUGGUAAACAGGCUGCAUUCCAGAAUGGCUUCAAUCCAAGAAUGCCUACUUUUCCAUCUACAGAACCUAUAUAUUUAAGUCUUCCAGGACAAUCUCCCUAUUUUUCAUAUCCUUUGACACCUACCACACCCUUUCAUCCACAGGGAAGCUUACCUGUUUAUCGGCCAGGGGUCAGUCCUGAAAUGGCAAAACUGUUUGACAAAAUAGCCAGUACAUCAGAAUUUUUAAAAAAUGGGAAAGCAAGGACUGAUUUAGAGAUAACAAAUUCAAAAGCGACCGUCAGCAAUCUACAAGUAUCUCCAAAGUCUGAGGGUAUCAGUAAAUUUGACUGGUUAGACUUGGAUCCUUUAAGUAAGCCUAAGGUGGACAAUGUGGAAGUAUUAGGCCAUGAAGAGGAGAAAAAUAUUCCAAAUUUGCUUGCAGAGGAUCCUUGGGAUGCUGUUCUUCUGGAAGAGAGAUCACCAGCAAAUUGUCACUUUGAAAGAAAAGUGAAUGGAAAAUCUCUUUCUGGGGCAACUGUAACAAGAAGCCAGUCCUUAAAUAUUCGAACAACUCCGCUCACAAAAGUGCAAGGCCAAAUUUCUCAGAAAGACCCAAAUGGGACCAGUAGUUUGCCAACUGGAAGUUCUCUUCUACAAGAAAUUGAAGUACAGAACGAGGAGGUGGCAGCUUUUUGUCAAUCUAUUACAAAAUUGAAGACCAAAUUUCCAUAUACCAAUCACUGCACAAAUCCAGGCUAUUUGUUAAGUCCAGUUACAGUGCAAAGAAACAUUUGUGGAGAAAAUGCCAGUGUGAAGGUCUCCAUUGAGAUUGAAGGAUUUCAGUUACCAGUUACUUUCACUUGUGAUGUGAGUUCUACUGUAGAAAUUAUUAUAAUGCAAGCCCUUUGCUGGGUACAUGAUGACUUGAAUCAAAUAGACGUUGGCAGCUACGUUCUGAAAGUUUUUGGUCAAGAGGAGGUGCUGCAGAAUAAUCAUUGUCUUGGGAGUCAUGAACAUAUUCAGAACUGCCGAAAAUGGGACACAGAGAUUAAACUACAGCUCUUGACCUACAGUGCAAUGUGCCGAAAUCUGGCCCGAACAGUAGAAGAUGAUGAAGCACCUGUGGAUUUAAACAAACACCUAUAUCAAGUAGAAAAACCAUAUAAAGAAGUCAUGACAAGAUAUCCUGUUGAAGAACUCUUAGAUUCUUAUCACAACCAAGUAGAACUGGCCCUUCAAAUUGAAAACCAACUCCGAGGAGUGGAUCAAGUAGUUAAAGCUACAAGAAAAAUCUGUAGUGCUUUAGAUGGUGUGGAGACUCCUGCCAUUACAGAAUCAGUGAAGAAACUAAAAAGAGCAGUUAAUCUUCCAAGGAGUAAAAUUUCUGAGGUGACUUCACUAUCUGGAGGAGACAGUACCAAAAGUUCAGCUAGAGGCUCAUUAAAUCCUGAAAAUCCUGUUCAAGUAAGCGUGGACCAAUUAACUGCAGCAAUUUAUGAUCUUCUCAGACUCCAUACCAGUUCUGGUAGGAGUUCUACGGACUUUGCCCAAAGCUACAGGAAUACCAAGGAGGCCUGGACUACAACAGAACAGCUCCAGUUUACUAUUUUUGCUGCACAUGGAAUUUCAAGUAAUUGGGUAUCAAAUUAUGAAAAAUAUUAUUUGAUGUGCUCCCUGUCUCACAAUGGAAAGGAUCUUUUUAAACCUAUUCAAUCAAAGAAGGUUGGCACUUAUAAGAAUUUCUUCUAUCUUAUUAAAUGGGAUGAACUAAUCAUUUUUCCCAUCCAAAUAUCACAACUGCCAUUAGAAUCACUUCUCCACCUCACUCUUUUUGGAAUUUUGAAUCAGAGCAGUGGAAGUUCUCCUGAUUCUAAUAAGCAAAGAAAGGGGCCAGAAGUUUUGGGCAGAGUUUCUUUACCUCUUUUUGACUUUAAGCGGUUUUUAGCAUGUGGAACUAAACUUCUGUAUCUCUGGACUUCAUCACAUGUAAAUACUCUUCCUGGAACAACCCCUAAAAAAGGAUUUGUCAUGGAAAGAAUAGUGCUGCAGGUUGAUUUUCCCUCUCCUACAUUUGAUAUUAUGUAUACAACUCCUCAAGUUGACAGAAGCAUUAUACAGCAACACAACUUAGAAACACUAGAGAGUGAUACAAGAGGGAAACUUCUUGACAUUCUUCAUAGAGACUCAUCGCUUGGACUUUCUAAAGAAGAUAAAGCCUUUUUAUGGGAGAAACGUUAUUACUGCCUCAAAUACCCAAAUUGUCUUCCUAAAAUACUAUCAAGUGCCCCAAACUGGAAAUGGGUUAAUCUUGCCAAAACCUACUCAUUGCUUCACCAGUGGCCUCCAUUGUACCCUCUGACUGCACUGGAGCUUCUUGAUUCAAAAUUUGCUGAUCAGGAAGUGAGAUCACUAGCAGUGACCUGGAUUGAGGCUAUUAGUGAUGAUGAACUAACAGAUCUUCUUCCUCAGUUUGUACAAGCUUUGAAAUACGAAAUUUAUUUGAAUAGUACAUUAUUGCACUUCCUUCUGUCCAGAGCAUUGGGAAAUAUCCAGAUAGCACAUAAUUUAUAUUGGCUUCUCAAGGAUGCUCUGCAUGAUGCACAGUUUGGUACCCGAUAUGAACAUGUUUUGGGUGCUCUCCUCUCAGUAGGAGGAAAAGGACUCAGAGAAGAACUUUAUAAGCAGACCAAACUUGUUCAGCUUUUAGGAGGAGUAGCAGAAAAAGUAAGGCAAGCUAGUGGAUCAGCUAGACAGGUUGUCCUCCAAAGGAGUAUGGAACGAGUACAGUCUUUUUUUCUGCGAAAUAAAUGUCGUCUCCCUCUCAAACCAAGUCUAGUCGCAAAAGAAUUAAAUAUUAAGUCAUGUUCCUUCUUCAGUUCUAAUGCUGUGCCCUUAAAAGUCACGAUGGUGAAUGCUGAUCCUAUGGGGGAAGAAAUCAAUGUCAUGUUUAAGGUUGGUGAAGAUCUUCGCCAAGAUAUGUUAGCUUUACAGAUGAUAAAGAUUAUGGAUAAGAUCUGGCUUAAAGAAGGAUUAGAUCUGAGGAUGGUAAUUUUCAAAUGUCUCUCAACUGGCAGAGAUCGAGGCAUGGUGGAGCUAGUUCCUGCCUCAGAUACCCUUAGGAAAAUCCAAGUGGAAUAUGGUGUGACAGGAUCCUUUAAAGAUAAACCACUUGCAGAGUGGCUGAGGAAAUACAAUCCCUCUGAAGAAGAAUAUGAAAAGGCUUCUGAAAACUUUAUCUAUUCUUGUGCUGGAUGCUGUGUAGCCACCUACGUUUUAGGCAUUUGUGAUCGACACAAUGACAAUAUAAUGCUUCGAAGCACAGGACACAUGUUUCACAUUGACUUUGGAAAGUUUUUGGGCCAUGCACAGAUGUUUGGUAGCUUUAAAAGGGAUCGGGCUCCAUUUGUGCUGACUUCUGAUAUGGCUUAUGUCAUUAAUGGAGGUGAAAAGCCCACCAUUCGUUUCCAGUUGUUUGUGGACCUUUGCUGUCAGGCGUACAACUUGAUAAGAAAGCAGACAAACCUCUUUCUUAACCUCCUUUCACUGAUGAUUCCUUCAGGGUUACCAGAACUUACAAGUGUUCAGGAUUUGAAAUAUGUUAGAGAUGCACUUCAACCCCAAACUACGGAUGCAGAAGCAACAAUUUUCUUUACUAGGCUGAUUGAAUCAAGUUUGGGAAGCAUUGCCACAAAGUUUAACUUCUUUAUUCACAACCUUGCUCAACUGCGUUUUUCUGGUGUUCCUUCUAAUGAUGAGCCCAUCCUUUCAUUUUCGCCCAAAACAUACUCCUUUAGACAAGACGGUCGAAUCAAGGAAGUCUCUGUUUUUACGUAUCAUAAGAAAUACAACCCAGAUAAGCAUUAUAUUUAUGUAGUCCGAAUUUUGAGGGAAGGACAGCUUGAACCAUCAUUUGUCUUCCGGACAUUUGACGAGUUUCAGGAACUUCAUAAUAAGCUCGGUAUUAUUUUUCCACUUUGGAAGUUACCAGGCUUCCCUAAUAGGAUGGUUCUGGGCCGAACGCACAUAAAAGAUGUAGCAGCCAAAAGGAAAAUCGAAUUAAACAGUUAUUUACAGAGUUUGAUGAGUGCUUCAGCAGAAGUGGCAGAGUGUGAUCUUGUUUAUACUUUUUUCCACCCUUUACUUCGUGAUGAGAAAGCCGAAGGAAUAGCUAGGUCUGCAGAUGCAGGUCCCUUCAGUCCUACUCCAGGCCAAAUAGGAGGAGCAGUGAAAUUAUCUGUCUCUUACCGAAAUGGUACUCUUUUCAUCAUGGUGAUGCACAUCAAAGAUCUUGUUACUGAAGAUGGGGCUGACCCAAAUCCAUAUGUCAAAACAUACCUACUUCCAGAUACCAACAAAACUUCCAAGCGUAAAACCAAAAUUUCACGAAAAACAAGGAAUCCAACAUUCAAUGAAAUGCUUGUGUACAGUGGGUACAGCAAAGAAACCCUAAGACAGAGGGAACUCCAGCUAAGUGUACUCAGUGCAGAAUCUCUGCGGGAGAAUUUUUUCUUGGGUGGAAUAACCCUGCCUUUGAAAGACUUCAACUUGAGCAAAGAGACGGUUAAGUGGUAUCAGCUGACUGCAGCAACUUACUUAUAAGCUGGUGAAUUUCUGAGCUUUGGAAGCAAGGACAGUUAUAAACAUGUGCAUGUGCACACAUACUGGUGAACUCUGUAUAGUAUUUUUAUACUUGGGCAGAAAUUAUAUAAACUUGCUGAAUUUCAACAUGUUUGUUGGACCAACAGUCACAUAAACUAACUAAUUUUUAUGACUUUUUGAAAGCCAUUGGUGUCUAAAAGUCAUUAUAUUGAAUGCUGUAAACCCUAAACGUCCUAAGUCCUCCAGAGGGCUUUGAGAUCCUGCUGUGUCAGUGCUGCCACCUCGUCUGCGUUGUUCCUGAUACGUACAUAGCAUGUUUGUUUCCUGUUUCGCACCUCUUGGAGCCUUGACCACUGUGUAAGCUCACGAACACCAAAGGAAAGGAAAGAUGCAGAGUGCUACCACAACACGCAGCUGCUGUUCCAGGCUGAGAAGCAAAGCACAAUAGACAGCUAUGCUAAGAACUACUACGUAGUUUGUAGGACUAGGGAAAAAAUAAUACUGGUUUUUUACUCUUAUCAUUAAAGCCUUUUUCAGAAUAAGUGCCAAUCACUGAAGUUGUAAAUAAUGGUGCCUUACUUAACUUUAUAUGCUUCCCUGGCACUUCAUUCUGAUUUCUUUCCUGAAUUAAUAAGUAAUUAGUACGUAGUGUUCACUCACUUUCAGUUUACUAAAGAUAAAACAUUAUAUACCAAUGUUUUUCCCACAAAAAGUCAUUUAAGUUUUGUUGCCCUGUUACUGAAUGAGGGCCACUUAUACAGUUGUGUACUGAAUUCCUUCAUUCCAUUAUAAUCCUGCGUUUAUUCCCAGAUGUGUGAACUGAAGUUUGUUCAUAUCACCUCCAUAUAUCCAUACGUCACUCACUCUAUAGACAAAUGCAAAUUCCUCACCCAUGUGCCCAUUCCUGUUUGCUACAAAAGCUCUAUGCAUAGAGAAGACUCUUCACAAGAGGCCCAGGACAAGGAUUCUAGGGUUCAGACUAAAUUGUAAUGAUCUUUAUGGAAGUUCAUCUUGUAAACUGUCUUAACAUUUGUAAACAUUGUACAUUCAUAUGGAAGAUUUUAUUUUGUAUAAUAUAAUGGGAUUCAGAAUCAUACAGGAUUGAAAUUAUUCUACAGAAACCAUUGAGAGUAAGGUUCAUUUUUAUUAGUUAUUCAGUGUCAGACAUAAUUUUGUUUAGAUAAGUGUGUAUAUAUAAUAAUAAUAACUUUCAUGGUUAGAAUAGAAAUUCAGAUAUUUUUUAAAUGGUAAUAGAGAUGAUAGCAAUCUGGUUGCUGUAAGAAAACUGACAAAAUAUGCAAUGAAGACUACCGUGAGAGAAAGGACAAUCUUCAGUUCAGUUUCCCAGAACAUACUUUUUUUAUGAACUGUGCAAGUGUUUAAUCUAAAUGGUGACAUUUGCAGAGCAGAAAUAAGAGUUGAGGAUAUAUCAGAGGAAUAGUUUUAAAAAAAAAAAACAAAACUUGAAUUUUUUGGUGCCUAACACUAAUGGUCCAUUUAUAGGAAUACCCAUGAGUAGGAUAUAAGAAUGUCUGUGUUUUCUAUGUUAAAAUAUGUUGUCUAUUUAAUAAGUUAAUUAAGGUAUACAUCAAAGCACCACUCUUUGCUUUUUCUACUUAUGGUUAACAUUUCUUUAAAGUGUGUGAGUAGCUUUGCAAAUGUAAAAUAGCACUAGAAAUUUUCACUCAAGCUUUUGAGAACUAAUUCCAUUCCAUGAGUUGUCACUUAGCCACUGUAAAAGGAAAAAAAAAAGUACUGUCUUGGUAUGAGGUCAUCAUUAAUUGGACGGCCUUUUUGCAGUUUGCUACGGCAGUGUCUUCUAGUGCAGACAGAGCUAGACUAUGUGCUGUCACUUUUCGAUUAUAAGAAACAUAGAAUCAUAUCUCAGAGUGUAUAUUAAGAUUAAUACUGUAUAAUUAACAAGAAUUUAGAACAAGUGGUAAUGUUUUCUCUUAUUAAUUUAAUUCAUUUUGUGCCUUCUUUGGUCAUUAAAACAUGUAUACAUAUAUUUUUCAUGUAUCUUAAUAUAAAUUAUUCCUUUGUGAAAUGCUGAUCUGCAACCCAUACCAAAAAAGCAAACAGAGGGGAGCCUCUUUGCACUACCACUCUGAAACAGUUUUAAAUCCCUUGGAUUUUUUAACAUUUUUUUAAAGGUUUAAAUUAAAGUAAAUCUGAAAAACAAAAGUUUAAGCAAACUGGCCAAGACACUAAUUUUUAUAUAUAAUCACAAUGUUUUAUACUUCUCUUUACUGAGUGAAAAUUAUUAUGCUACAUGUAAGUCCUGAGCCAGAAGAAUUCUUUCUUCUUGCCAGUGUUUUGAGAUUUGAAGAUAAUGGCUCACUCCAAGAAGCUAUUAUUUUCUCUACUGAGCAACCCAGUGCAGAACUGGCACUGACGUUUUUAUGACUGCCUUUACAUGAAUCUGUAAAUACCUAAAUGUUAAGGCAUGUAUGAUCUUUGGUAAAGUACGAGGAGGCUUCAAACAGUUUGUGGGAAAAUGGAAUGAAAAGAUAAUGCAGAUUUUCCACGAACAUUUCGAAGCCCCCUUAUACUCAUUUUUUCAAAUUCAAGUUGUAUAAAGUUUUCAAUAUCUUGCCUUAAAUGUGUUAACUAUUCUUUUUAGAAUUCAAGUGUUUAAAAAGAAUACACUCACUUUUGUUAGUCUUCAGAUCUGAGGACAGAAGCCCCACCUUCAUAAUCCAUAGAUUUUACUCACAUGCUGUUUGACUAGCAGUGCAAGUAUGAACUAGUCUCAUCUAUAAGAACCAAAUACUUUAAUUAUAUUAAGAUAGUGAAUUAAGAUGUAUAAUAUUUUUUAUUAAUACCUUAAAUAUAUUAAGUGGAUUGAAUGUGACUUCAUAACUGUACUACGAUUGUAUUAAAAUAUUUCUGGAAUAAAGGAGCUCUGCU